GGCCAUCGUCAGUCAGUUGUACGAAGUUCGACCGUUACACGCGGCGUUCCGCAGCUCUCGGCGUGCGUGUCUGUUUAUCCAGCAGACCGAAGGUUUCACCUGGUUUUUCGCGAUCGCGUGUGUCCACCUUGUUGGUUCUAAGGGAGGUUUCAGUUGGUGUGUUCUUGGAUUUAGCAGCUUGAUUCGCGUGGGACGGCUUAGCUGUUGUCGAUAGGUGCCAGCAUACUGCUAGAGGUUGUUAUUCGCUCGUUGGGGACAGAUUUGGUGGAGUUUCUCCAAGGACUGUUUGUGUUGGGUAGAGUGUAAGUGUGUUUCGAAGAUUUGCGAGUUGAGCUCUUGGCAUUGGAAUUCUUGCUUGUAUCGAUUGAGUGUUUUAUUCACGCAAAUCAUGCAACACUCCCAGUGGGGUUUGAAUGGUGAUUUUAACUUGAGUUAAAGUACUGGUGUAGAAGAAUUUCUCGUUACCGGAGACGGUUGCUGUUUAUCGAUUGAUGUGAACAACAGAGCGAAUUAGAACAUAAUUCCGUUCUAGGGUCAAUGCAUAGUGUUUAAAGCUUGGAAUGGAACUAACUUCCGGUGACCGGAAGACAACAAACGUUUGAAAAUUGAGUUUACAAGCGUCUCAACAGUCAUCGUCAUAGUUGACCUGUCGUCUGAAAGCAUAAAUUUGGAUAUUUGUUGCUUCUCGUUCGAAGAACAGGUUCGUCUUCGCAAUCAGUCAUUGAGGCUUCACGAUAUAGGACUGCUGAUGCAAGGACGUGCCGAGGUGUGUACGUGGUGGAGGUGCUGAGCAAAGAGAAGCACAUCGAGAGUCAGUUUUUGCUGCUGCUACCCCAGAGGCUGUCAUCAUCGCCAGAAGCUACCGCUCAACGCAGCAUCCAACCGCGACAGGAGCAAGCUAAUCACAGCGCGUCGCAUCCUAUCACGUCGAGUGGAGGAAAAGGUCAACGAGGCCCGCUACGGUCGAAACACGGCAAUAUAUUCAAUUUCUCUACGACUCCGGUGGUGGCGUUUUCCCUGUCGCCGUUGUAGCCGCCACCGACUUUGCAGUGCCAUAAUUGUCAAUUGGCUGUGAGCCGCAGCAUCCAUUCGUGGCUUGCGUUCCGUCGUCGAACGCACAGCGCGUGGGACACUCCAGGCGGGACAUAGAACAGAACGAAAUCUCAUGAAUGUGAUACUUAAUCAACCUUAGAAUUUAAUAACUUCUGCCUAUUUUCUGCGACUGGAACCACGCCGUUUUUCAUUAGUGUCAUUGUUUCUUGUUGACCUGAGAACGGCAGUUAGGUGAUCUUUAAAAAGGGAACAAUUUAUUAUUCAUACGUAAAAAAUUGAUUCGAAGCUAUGGGGAACUCGACGUCAUCGCAUGAACCGCUGGAGCGGGGCUUCACGCGGGGGACCUACGGCGAUGUCAAAAACACGAAAUCUGCCUCCUUUCGACAAAGUAAGCGAUCGCCGAAGAAGAUGGACCGAUUGAGGAAAUCAUUUCGGGAUUCGUUCCGCCGGCGUAAGGAUCGUGUCCCGGAGGCGGCCAAGCCCCACCAGUGGCAAGCGGACGAGCAAGCCGUGCGGUCGGCCACCUGCACCUUCCCGGUCAAGUACUUGGGAUGCGUCGAGGUGUUCGAGUCCCGCGGCAUGCAGGUGUGCGAAGAGGCGCUCAAAGUUCUGCGGAACUCCCGGAGACGUGCAAUUCGUGCUCAGCUUCACGUGAGCGGAGAUGGGCUUCGGGUGGUCGAGGAAGACACCAAGGGACUGAUUGUGGAUCAAACCAUCGAGAAGGUGAGCUUCUGCGCUCCGGAUCGCAACACGGAUCGCGGCUUCAGCUAUAUCUGCCGGGAUGGUACGACCCGUCGGUGGAUGUGCCACGGCUUUCUGGCGAGCAAAGAUACCGGCGAACGUCUCUCACACGCCGUUGGCUGUGCGUUCGCCGUUUGUUUAGAGCGGAAACAGCGUCGUGACAAGGAGUGUGGCGUUACGAUGACGUUCGACAUGAAGAACUCGACCUUCACCAGGACUGGUUCGUUCCGUCAGCAAACGAUGACGGAGAGACUGGCCAAUGCCGAUACUGCCGUGGUUGCUCCCACACAGAACAACAACGCAUCCAAAGCUUUCAAUCCAUUUGCUAUUGAACGACCACAUGCUACACCUUCGAUGCUGGAACGUCAGGGUAGCUUCCGGGGUUUCACACAGAUUGGCACGGCUUCUCCCUUCAAACGGCAAAUGUCGCUCAGAAUCAACGAUCUUCCGUCCAAUGCUGAAAGACAACGAGCCUUCCUCGAGCCAACUACCCCGCAUCGAACGACCGUUUCACCGAUUCCAGAAAUCUCGCCCCAACCGCCAACGGAUACCGUUAGUCAACUCUGCCAGGAACUUAGUCAAGGUCUAUCUUUACUCACUCGAAACGAUACGGACGACUUCUAUUUAAACAAAGUAGCAAACAAUAUAGCGACCACCUCCACAACUACCGCCACCGGUUCAGCAAUCGUAGGAAGCUACCAACUCAUUACGUCGUCCACGACUAGUCCGCACGAUCCCGAUGCAACCACCGUCGUCAAUCCGCUACCGCCUGUCUUCGCACCCAGCUCAAACUCGCUCACGCAACCAACGAUUCCUCCUCGGUCAGUUUCCCCGAUCAAACAGCAAACGGUAGACCUUUCUUACAGCUCCACGCUCACCGGCUCCAAUUCCAUCGCAUCCAACAGCAUACUAUCGGCUGGCACCGGUUCCUCCCCGCAGAAGGUGGUCCCGGUGGAAACGGCCUCCCCGCUACCGAACCCGGAACAGUGGCUCGGCCAGAUAGUGAAGAAUGUGUCCCCAUCGCCGAGGCGUGCUCCUUCGCUGCAUUCGCGGACAAAGUCGCUGAACGCGGCCGAUCCCUUCGACGCCGAGUGGGUGUCCGAUGUGGCCAAACCGGAGAUCCACAGCACGAACCCGUUCAUUUCGCCCCCGAAACCCCCGGCGCAAAGUUUUCAGGUGCACUUGUGAAACCUGGCGAGCGGGUGGCGGGCUGAGGACGCAAAUGGUGCUUGAACGCAGUGUUAGGAUUAGGAUUUUUUUUGUUAGGAAUUGUGAAGCCGCAGAUAGUAGUUUGUUGACGAAGGAUGAUGCCGGGGGUGGGGAGGAUGAUAUGGAUGUGAUCUAUCGGAUAGGGAACGGUACUUACUCGAAACUACUCAAACAUUCUGAUAGCAUUUAUUUUUAUUCCCUUAUUGAAUGCGGAAUAUAUGGGGGAUGCGCGUGUUAGGGAAUGUAGUUACAGGAAGGAAACCCAAUGGAAUAUGGAGGUGUACAAACGAUUCCAUUUAAAAAAGAAAGAUCUUACUUGUGUUGAGCAUUGAGUUGUAUUUCACAGCUCUGAAUUAUAAACGCAAUCUUUUAUUCAGAUCGACGGCCAAAUUCUGUGCACUCUUGAAAGGGAGAAUUUUUUUUUUGGACAUUUAUCCCUUUUGUCGUCUCCCCAGACUAUAUAACUCAGUCGAAUUUCAACCAAAUGGCUAGGAUUUUGAACGGCUUGAUUGGCUUGAAUUGAGAUUUGUGAAUACAGUACAGGUCGAAAGAAACAUUAUUCAAUUUAAAAAUGAAAAAUGAAUGUAGAACCCGAAGUUGUGGCAGUUUUACACGUUAUUCACGGAUGUACUCCCACGUUUCACGAAAUGUGCAGAAUUCACAAGACACAGGUGGAGAACUGAAAUACAAAUCAAAGCUUGUCCUCUCAUGGCGUAUUUUGAGAAACAUUCACAGCUAAAUCGGACAUCAUGGACCUCUCACAGUCAAGUUUUAUACAACUUAACGAACUCAGAUUAUAUCUGUGGCUAUGUGAAUGUAUGUAUGGGCACUUAACCAAUGCUUCGACUUAGUUUUCUUAAUUGAACCAUUUGUAUCCCUCCAAAAUAUUGAUUUCUCUGAAAAAACUAAAAAACCUAUUGAAAAAAUCACUAAAUCCAACGAGCAAGUGUAAGUUGAAAAUAGAUUAUCAAAAUAGAUAUGAACACGCAGCUUUAAAAGCUUCAUCCACAUAUGUCUGUAUAUCUUUGAUAGAAAUGAAUAGGAAUCGGAAUAAGAGGUCGAAGGAACAUUGCUUUAGCACUUAACAAAGUUAAGACAAAGUCUAGAAAUCAUAUGGAGAACUUGAAUCAAACACCAUACAAACGUAUUCCAAUAUACCGUAGUAGUAGUACUAAAAACAAAACAAACUUACCCAAUAGUAAAUAAAAUAUUUAGUAGAUAAAAUCUCACAUAGUAAGACACGCAGCAUAGAAUACAAACUGUUCGCAUCCUACCGUUAAGUGCACAAAGACAAACACCACCUUUUCUUUCAAACAAAAUAUGAAAUGGUUUAGUAGAGCGGAGUAAGCGCAAAGCCAUGUUAUAAUGAUCAAAACUAUCGAAACUGGAGAUGAAAGUUCAUUACGGUACUUAACAUACCACACAUUUACCCGACUAGAUCGUAAAUUAAGAUAACUGAAGAACCUGUGUUUGAGCUGCUUUUGAGCAGUAGAGAUACAUUAGUUGAAAUUUAUUCGAGUAUUGUGAUCAAUGUGUAAAUUAUACAAACCACACAGCAAAAAGCUAUAAACUAAUAAUAUUGGAAUCUUAAUGAUUUAGGACAUGAUCCAUUGUGGAGAAGUUGAUUCCGUGUAAGAAACGAAAAUUUCUGUUGAUUUUUCCAUUUAGAAUGGCCCUUUUUAGCUAGCCUCAUGAAGUUAUUUUUUAUUAGGUGGGAAACAUUUCGAUCAUUUAGGGAAACGCUGACUGUACUUAGUGAAGCACACAGAUACGGAGUCAACUGGAAUAAAUUGUUCAAUGUAAAUAUUCGUUCGUAGUGCGGAUUAGUUUAAGUGCUUCAUAUGUAGAUAGCUGUACAUAAAUACAAAAACGUAUUCAAAUAAACUUCUGUUUUCAGAGCGAAACUGCACAUUCUGAUCAGUGUUAUAAACGAUAAAUAUCAAACAUUUACGCAACGAGCAGCUCGUAAGCCACAUCGUAGUAUUUAUGGAAAAUAUUUUGCGGCUUCUUUUGAGGCACUUCCGUCUGAAAUUACUUUCAACAUAUUUUUUCGGUGGAAUUAAUGUUCUAUAUGUAUGAUAGAUGUAUCGAUGCCCAACUAUACUAAAAUAUCUGCAUAUGGCUGUACAGAAGGAACAAGAUCUUGUAUUAUAAUUUCCAGUAUGUUAUAAGUGUACUUUAUAGGAACAAAUAAAUGCCUUGUAAAAUUA